AUGGAAGGUGAACAGCAACAGCAGCAGAGGAAGAGCAGUUGCAGUGAGACUACUCGAGUCCUGCUCCUGCCAUGGCUAGCUCACGGCCACAUCUCCCCCUUCCUAGAACUAGGGAAACGCCUCGCCGCUCGCAAAUUCAUCGUCUACUUGUGCUCAACGCCGGUCAAUCUUCACCCUUUAAAACCCAAACUCUCUUCAUCACCAAUCACACUGGUGGAGCUUCAUCUCCCAUCCUCCCCACAGCUCCCUCCCCAUUACCACACCACCAACGGCCUUCCUUCUCACCUCAUGCCCUUACUCAAGUCCGCCUUCGACGCCUCCACGUCAGCCUUCUCCUCCAUACUCGUCUCCGUUUCUCCAGACCUCGUCAUCUACGACUUCCUCCAGCCCUGGGCUCCACUCCUCGCCGCAUCCCUUCUCCACAUCCCAUCCGUCGAAUUCAUCACCACCAGCGCUGCACUGGCCUCCAUGGCUUCCCAUUUCUACAGAUUCAAUGCGGAGAAAACGCCAAUCCCGUUUUCUUCAAUUCAACUCCGGGAACGGGACCAGGAAGCGUUCGCCGAGUUGAUGGAAUCCGCCACCGCCGACGGGAUGAUGGACAUAACUCGCUACGAGCGCUGCACCGAGCGAUCGUCCAAGAUAGUUCUCAUCAAGACUUUUCGAGAAAUCGAAGGGAAAUACCUUGACUACUUAGAUCAUCUCACCGGGAAGAAGUUCGUCCCCGUGGGUCCUUUACUGGUGGCGGAUGAUAAAACAGAGCAAGACGGGAAGAACAGAGACGCUGUCGUUGAAUGGCUGGACCGGAAACAGAGUUGCUCCGCCGUAUUCGUCUCCUUCGGGUCCGAAUUCUUCCCUUCCGGUGACCUAAUUCGGGAAAUUGCACACGGAUUGGAGCUCAGCAGGGUCGAUUUCAUCUGGGUCGUCAGAUUUCCGUUGGGGAAGAGAGUGGAUUUGGCUGACGGUCUGCCGGAAGGGUUUUUCGAUAGGGUUGGAGGCAGGGGAAUGGUGGUUGAAGGAUGGGCGCCGCAGCCUGCGAUUCUCGCCCACCGGAGCGUGGGAGGGUUCGUGAGCCACUGCGGGUGGAGCUCCGUGAUGGAGAGCAUGUGGCAUGGAGUGCCGAUCGUCGCGGUGCCGAUGCAUUUGGAUCAGCCGGUGAAUGCGAGAGUGGUGGAAGAAGUCGGAGUUGGGGUGGAGGUGAAGAGAGAUGGGGAUGGGAAGCUUGAGAGAGGGGAAAUCGCGAAGGUGAUUAGGGAAGUGGUGAUGGAGGAGACUGGGGAGAAGGUGAGGAAGAAAGCGAAGGAGAUGAGUGAGGUGAUGAGGAGGAAAGGGGAGGAAGAGAUGGAUCGCGUUACAGAGGAGCUAAUAGAGCUUUGUUUCGAUCGAUCUUGUUAG